AUGCGGCUGCCUCGCGUCUUCUCCUCGGGCACCGUGGUGCCCGCCCUCCUGCUGGGCCAGACCUGCCUGCUGCUCUUCCUGGUCUGGCGGCCGGGCCCUCCAUCCCCGGCGGGCGGCCCGGAGCGCGUGCACGUGCUGGUGCUGUCGUCCUGGCGCUCGGGCUCGUCCUUCGUGGGCCAGCUGUUCAGCCAGCACCCGGACGUCUUCUACCUGAUGGAGCCCGCCUGGCACGUGUGGGCCGCCCUGUCGCAGGGCAGCGCGGCGGCGCUGCAGAUGGCGGUGCGGGACCUGGUGCGCUCCGUCUUCCUGUGCGACAUGGACGUGUUCGAGGCCUACCUGCCGUGGCGCCGCAACCUGUCGGACCUGUUCCAGUGGGCGGCGCUGGCCCGCGACAACGGCAUCGUGCUGGGCACCAACGGCACGUGGGUGGAGGCCGACCCGCGCCUGCGCGUGGUGACCGAGGUGUGCCGCAGCCACGUGCGCAUCGCCGACGCCGCGCUGCGCAAGCCGCCGCCCUUCCUGCGCGGCCGCUACCUGCUGGUGCGCUUCGAGGACCUGGCGCGGGACCCCCUGACCGAGAUCCGCGCGCUCUACGCCUUCGCCGGCCUGAGCCUCACGCCCGAGCUGCAGGCCUGGAUCCACAACAUCACGCACGGCUCGGGCCCCGGCGCGCGCCGCGAGGCCUUCAAGACCACCUCCAGGGACGCGCGCAACGUCUCGCAGGCCUGGCGCCACGAGCUGCCCUUCGCCAAGAUCCGCCGCGUGCAGGAGCUGUGCGCAGGCGCGCUGCAGGCGCUCGGCUACCGGCCCGUCUUCUCCGAGCGCGAGCAGCGCGACCUCGCCCUGGACCUGGUGCUGCCGCGCGGCCCGGGCAGCUUCCGGUGGGCGUCGGCCACCGAGCCGCAGCGCGGGCCUUAG